AUGGCAAAAGUGACUUAUGACGUUGUGAAUCAUUUGAAGGGUAUACCGGCCUGGUUAAGCAUUUAUGACAUGUUAAAGAUAUCAGAAGAUUAUAGGAAAAGACUGAUUCAAGUGUUAUCCAACCACAAUGUAAGAGAAACACUGUUGGUAGAAAUGGAAAAUGAAGAACGUAAAGAGCAAGAAGACUGUAUGCCAGUAGUCUCCUUCUCUGACGAUGAUCUAGCUUGUGAUGCAGGGCAUAAUAGGUCAUUGAUGAUAAUAGGCUACAUUCGUGAAAAGGAAGUAAAAAGGAUUAUGCUCGAUAUUGGAUCCGUGGUGAACCUACUACUGUUAACAAUGCUGAAUAAAUUGGGUUACCGUCGUUCUGAUCUACACCCUAGUGGAAUAAUAAUACAGGGCUUUAAUCAAGAUGGGCAGCGUGCACUCGGCAAAAUUAUGAUAACAUUGGAAAUAGGAGACUUAAUUACUGAUAUUUUUUAUCAUGUGAACAGUGCAGUCACAACAUAUAAUCUCCUCUUAGGAAAACCAUGGAUACAUCAGUAUGGUAUUGUACCUUCUACCCUUCAUCAAUGCUUUAAAUACUGUAUGAAUGGGAUACAAUAUAAGGUAAUGGCUGAUGCAAGACCGUACACGGAAGCCGAAGCCUUCUUUGCAGAUGCCAGUUACUAUGAUGGAUUUGCCAGAAGGGAAGAGAAAAAGAAUGAAAAAGGCAAAGCCUUGAAAAAUGCUCACGUGAAAGUAAUAAAAGGAGAAUCCGAAAAGGCAAGAUCAUCCAAAACUUCAAAAGCAAAGAAGUUCUAUUUUGUGCCGAGACAUCUAAGGCAGCCAGGACAACCGCCCUUGACAUUACUAUCACCUGAACAGUUUAAAAUCUUACAGUCAAACUAUACAGUACCAUUGUCAUAUGCCAAAAGAAGCAAGCCAUUCCCAGCCAUUCCGGGAAAGUUUCAUGUCGUAGACAAUGCAAAAUAUCCGGAGCCGAUUGAAUUUUACGCCUCUUCGGAAGAAAAGAUGGAAGCAAGGGCUGAGAAUAAUAUGUACCAUGGCAAGUUGACAUCUUGCGAUCUUGAGAAAUAUAGUCCGGCAAGAAGAAGAAUGAUGAAAAGGAUGGGUUUUAAUAAUGAAGAACCAACUGGUUUAAAUCAUGGGAAAGGAAUUCAGGUCCCUAUUGGAGUUAGCCAAAAGAAGAGAGAAAGAUUUCAAGGAUUAGGGACAGAAUCUUCAGUAAAUAUGGUCACAGUCGAUCAAGUAUCAGAGGCAGAUCUCGAAGUAGUCAAGUACCCUGAGACAGCUCUGAAACAAAUAGAAAAUGGGGGGCAGCCAACGAUCAACAGCUUGCAAGAGAUAAAUUUGGGUACGGUAAAAGAACUGAGAAAUACAUUCAUAAGUGUUGGACUUCCUAAACAAGAAAUCGAAGAAUACACCCGACUGUUAAAAGAAAAUAAAGAUGUUUUCGCAUGGGCAUAUGUUAAAUGCCAGGCUUAG